AUGGCCGGCAGCUCGGCGCGCGCGUUCCUGCUCCUGCAGAUCGGCGUGCGGCUCCUUACCUUUGCGCUACACCAACUGCUCGUCCGCACGGUGAGUCCCGCGGUGUUUGGCGCUGCGAAUGUGCAGCUGGAGCUGGUCCUGAGCAUUGUCUUGGCGCUGGCGCGCGACGGUGUUAGGGCGGUGGUGGUCCGGCGGCAGGCGGCGCUCCGCUCGCAAGCGACGGUGCGCGCUUUGCACAACCUUGCGCUCCUCCCGAUGGGGUGUGGCGGCCUCCUCGCGGCGGCUGUCGGCGGCGCGUACCUCCGGUACAUGGCGCCGCCGACGCUGUGGGCCGCGGGCGGCGCGGCGCUCCCCGUGUCGGUCGCCCUGUACGGCGUCGGUGCGGUGUUCGAGCUCAUGGCCGAGCCGCUGCAUAUGCGUGCGCUGGGCCUCGCGCAGUACGUGCGCGUGCGCAUCGGCAUGGAGGCCGGCGGCGUGCUCGCGCGGGCCGUGGUGCAUGUGCUUCUCCUGCAGCCCGUGUGCCUGCGGUGGAUGCGCACGCACGGCGGCGCGUACCUGACGGUGCCGCCGGGCGAGCUGCCAUGGGCGCUCCUGGCGUUUGCGCUUGCGCGUGCGGCGUAUGGCGCUGGCUAUUUUGGCGCCGCAGGCGUGGCGCUGGCGCACUGCACGUCCGUGCGGACGGUGGCCGGCGCGCUGUGCCCUGCGUGCGACCGCCCGCUCUUCGAUGCGCCGGAGACGCGCGCGCUCGUGCGGGUGACGACCGGGCAGGCCGUGCUGAAGCUCGUGCUCACGGAGGGCGAUAAGCUGGCGCUCACGAAGCUCACGAGCCUCGCGCACCAGGGCGGCUAUGCACUCGCGAGCAACUACGGCUCGAUCCUUGCGCGCACGCUGUUCCAGCCGCUCGAGGAGAGCGCGCGCCUGCAAUUCACGCAGGACACGGGCGAGGCGGCGCGCGGGCGCGCGGCGGCGCUCCUGCAGGUGCUCCUGCGCAUGCAUGGGCUGCUAGGCACCGCGCUCGUCGCGUUCGGGCCGCCGCUCGCGCGCGCGGCGCUGCGGAUCGUCGCUGGCGCGCAGUGGGCCGAUGCGCCGUCGCCCGCCGCGCCGAUCCUCGCGACGUACUGCUGGUACCUGCCGGUCAUGGGCGUCAACGGGCUGGUCGAGGCGUUCGUGCAGGCCGUGGCGCCGCCGGCGGUGCUGGCGUGGUACUCGCGCGUGUUGGUCGUCUCGAGUGCGGCGUUCGUGGCGGUGCUCUAUGGGGCGCAGGGGCUCAUGCUGUGGGGCCGCGGCGGCGCUGAGAGCGCGAUUGUGUGGGCGAAUAUCGCGGCGCUCGGCGUGCGCGCGAUCGCCGCGUACGUGUACGUGCGGCGCUACUUUGCGCCGACGGCGUACCGGGCGCAGGUGGCGUGGCGCGCGCUCGUGCCGCGCGCGCGCACGCUCGGUGUGCUUGUGGCCUGUGCGGCGGCGCUGCGCGCAUCGGCGGUGCAGGCGCAGCCGGCCAUGGCGCAGCUCGGCAUGGGCUGGCGCACGUGCACCGCCGCGCUGGCGGUGCUCCGGUAG